CAUGGCGAGCUUGAAAGACAUUGGAACUAUAGAGUCCGACCAAGAAAUAGAGGAUUAUGAAAGUGAGGGGAGCUUUCAUGACGAUGAAAAAGUUGGAACUAAGAAAAGGAAAAGGAAACAAAAAGGGGGGAAGGAAAAAGAUUUUGACAAGGAUUUCCAGUUUUCUGGCUCAGAUGAUGAGCAUGCAACUGACUGGAAUCUUGAAGAAACAGUGGAACAUUUGAGGAAGGAGGCCUCGGAGCCAGUUAUUGUAAGCUUAGAUACAAGGAUAAAUGAAAUGAGAGAAAAAAGAAAAGAUGAAAAGAAGACAACUUUUGCAAAUAAUGAAGAAGAAACACAGGCUGAAAACAAUGAAGUGAAUAAAAGUUCCGAAAGCGAUGCUGACGGUGAUGGCUCUGAUUUUGACGAGAAUUCAUCACUUAGGAAAACGGCAAAAAGUGAUGACUUUUUUGAAGAAGGCCCUACUCAAUUUUCAGACGUGAAGUUCACUGAAAUGAACUUAUCAAGACCUCUUUUGAAGGCCAUCAAUGAACUUCAGUUUUCCAAUCCAACGCCUAUUCAAUCUGCAGCGAUUCCAGUCGCUCUCAUGGGAAAAGACAUUUGCGGUUGCGCAGCAACGGGAACAGGCAAAACCGCAGCAUUCAUGCUGCCUAUUUUGGAACGUCUUUUAUUCCGUCCCAUUCAGGUAGCGACCAGUCGAGUUCUGAUUUUAGUUCCCACCAGAGAACUGGCAAUCCAGGUCCACUCGGUGAGCAAAGCUCUGGCGAAGUUCACCAGCAUUCAGAUCUCUCUUGCUACUGGAGGACUGGAACUUAAAUCUCAGGAAGCAGCCUUGCGUAAAAAUCCUGAUAUAAUCAUAGCAACUCCUGGAAGACUGGUUGACUUUCUUCACAAUACGCCAUCAUUCGGCCUGCAAUUUGUCGAGAUUCUGGUUCUUGAUGAAGCUGACAGGAUGUUAGACGAGAACUUCAGAGAUCAAAUCGAAGAAAUUGUUAAAUUUUCACCGAAAGGAAGACAGACUAUGUUGUUUUCAGCCACAAUGACUGACGAAGUAAAUGAACUUGUGCUACUGUCAUUGAAUCGACCAGUGAAGCUGUUCGUUGACAACAGCACCGACGUUGCUGAGAACUUGAGACAGGAAUUUAUUCGAAUCAAGAAAAGUCGAGAAGAAGAUCGUACAGCGAUUGUCUUAGCUCUAUGCUGUCGAGGUUUUCACGAGAACUGCUUGGUGUUUGUCCGAACGAAACAACUUGCCCAUCGUCUGAGGAUAUUUCUGGGUCUGCUGGGUGUGAAUGCUGAAGAACUUCAUGGUAACCUGACGCAAUUACAGAGACUUGACUCACUCAAUAAAUUCAAGAAAAGAGAGGUUGAUGUUUUAGUUGCAACGGAUCUCGCCUCUCGUGGCUUGGAUGUUGUAGGAGUUAAAACGGUGAUCAACUACUCCAUGCCUAAUACAGUUAAACAAUAUAUCCAUCGUGUUGGUCGGACGGCCAGAGCUGGCCUUUCUGGCAGAUCAAUCAGUUUGGUUGGGGAAGGUGAGAGAAAACUACUAAAAGAAAUCGUUAAACAAGCGAGAAAUCCUGUCAAAAGCAGGAUCGUUGCCCCGGAGGUUAUCAAUAAAUAUAAAAAGAAGUUGGGUGAAUUUGAGGCAGAUGUUCAGGAGAUCUUGACACAGGAACGGGAAGAUAAAGAACUUAGAAUCACCGAAAUGGAGGCCAAUAAAGCGAAAAAUAUGAUCAUCCAUCGAGAUGAGAUUCAAAGCCGACCCCCAAGAGUUUGGUUUCAAGCCGAAAAUGGUAAAUACAAGAAAUAUAAGACUAAAGAAAGUAAAACAAGUUCAAAGAAAAGUAGGAAAGAGAAUAAAGAGAAAAAAGAUAAGAAAUUGGAACCCGAGGAGUUGAAAGCAAAGCAAUUUCAAGAGUAUCUGAGACGAGAAGAAAAACGAAAAAACAGAAAGAAGCGACUCCAUGUUUUUCCAUCUGAUGAUAAAGAUGAUUCCACUCGAAAAACACCAAGUAAAAAACGCAAGAAGACAACUGGAAAAACAAAUGGCAAAAAAGCCUUCGAAAAGGAACUCACGGACACCAGCCGAAAGGCACUGAGCGAGUUUCGUAGCUUUUCUGGGAAGAAGAGCAAAGGUGGAAAUCUUAAGUCGAAAAAAAAAUUUAAGCGGAGGUAACAUUCCUUCGUACCACGGCGGGUUCAAUUCGACGAGAAUAUUUUGUUAUUUAUUGACUGCCCAAAGAAUGGAGACAGCGGGUCGUGAAUGGCGUGAGUACCUUGUUGUGUAUCAAAAAAUAUAAUCGUCGGUAAUCUUGACUCAAACAUGAUCUUGCGUGCCACGGCAAUACUGAAUAUGCUGCAACGUAUUGUCUUGAGAAGAGUAUUCAUUCGGUUCAAGUGAUCGAUAGUCGACCUCCGACAAAUUUCGCUAAUCAUAUUUGACAUUUUUCUUGCAAAAAUUUGCAGGAAAUAAGCAGUUCCGAAAUAGCUCAGAGAAACAGCUAAUCGCUGUUCUAUACUUUCCUCAAAUAUUUUCAGCUGUUUAAAACGUAUAUUGGAAUUACUUAAGCUAUAAAUUCCAAGUGUUGAUCACAGAAACUUGGCAGCGUGAAGCGGACCUCAGAGUUGAUGAAGGAUGGCGAACAGACUGAAUAUUUCCACGCUGUGCAUUGGAACAAUCUUAAUUGCGCUUUAAACUGCAAAACUAGAAAUAGAAGAAGUUUCUGAGAACUAACGAUAAGUUGGCUUUGUACUGUAUGCUGCGAUAAGGCAUAUUUUGGACAUUACGCUUUACAAUGCAACGUCUAUGGUUUUAAAGAGACGUAAGCCGUUUUUUAAAUUUCUUAAGUCAAGCCGAAGCAAACCUAAUGACCUUUUAUAAACGUUGCUAUAAAUACAACCGAACUGGCUAGCCUAGCUCUUAUACUGUUUUGCACUGCUGUGUUUUGAUGCAUUGAUAAUCAAUCAUGUCCCAUCAAGUUUCACCUUUAAUCUCAAUGCUGGGAAACCAAACUAAAAAGACUAAAAGGGUGGUGAUGCCCGCACAUACCCGCAAAGUAGUGGAUCCAGCGUGGUUAAAGCCGAUCUGAACGAGUGCCAAAUUCUCGGCAAAUCUGGCACUUUUGAGAAUCAUGCUGUCAUAUGAAGGCGCACCUUGUUAGUCACAAUUUAGUACAAAAAUAGCACAAUUGGGUGGCCAAAGUUUACAGAAGGAUACACCCCAUUCCACCGCAUAAAUCCACCCCUGUUGUAUCGCCACUUCUUAGAAAUGCAAAUCUGAGCUACGCCCUGCUUCAAGGUUAUUUUUCAGAACUUCGUGCAUGCUAUUUUGCUUUGCUCUAUCAAAUUAUGAUGCUAUUUUAUCCCCAUAUCACCGAAUUAAGGUAUUACAGUAAAACAUGACGAAAGACGUUUCGUUAUACAAAUGUAAGCAUUCGUCCCACGGCUACAAAAUCACGUCUUGCAAACAACGCGCACUCGCUUUGCAUGUAGCAUGCAUGUGUCGACAAAGAUUUUCAGUUCGGCGUCGCGGGGAAGCGAAAUCUCUCGCGAGAUAAGAUACGCGUAAUUUAGAAAACAUUUAUAUUUAAUGAAUUUUUAAUCGGUCGUCUAGUCUAUCUUGAAAUGAGUUGGAGUUUUGCCGAGCUAUAAAUGUCGCGUGUUCUAAUUCAUCGAUUUGUCUCAAUUA